CGGGCAAAUUUUUCAGUUCGGGUUGCCUGUGUAAUAAGAUAUGCCUGCGCCUGCACAACUGCGUACGCUCAGCGGCGGAUAUAAAGCCACGUGACCUUUCUACUAAAGUUUUAUCGUCCAAGAUGGCGCACGACAACAGCCCAUACAAGCACUGUAUACAAUCCAUCAAUGUGAAUUCCCAAGAAUUAAAGUAUUUUGAUGCGUCUAAGCUUGGCGAAGAAGCAUUCGGGCGACUGCCAUUUUCAAUCCGUAUCCUGCUGGAAUCAGCUGUAAGAAACUGUGAUAACUUCCAGGUUCACCAAAAAGAUGUGGAGAACAUCCUUGACUGGGAGAAGAACCAAGAACAAGCUGUGGAGAUUCCAUUCACACCAUCACGUGUGGUGCUACAGGACUUCACGGGUGUUCCAGCAGUAGUUGACUUUGCAGCAAUGCGUGAUGCCAUCAAGAGACUUGGUGGUGACCCUGCCCAAAUAAAUCCUCUUUGCCCAGCGGAUCUUGUUAUAGACCACUCUGUGCAAGUUGAUUUCACAAGAAAUCCAAAAACCAAGCCUUUUGAUCCUGGUGGGGUGCAAACAGCCAGAGGGGAGCAGUGCCCGUUCCACACUUUACCCUCAAAAUGCACCACUGCACUGAAGAAGAAUCAAGAUCUAGAAUUUGAGAGAAAUAAAGAGAGAUUCCUGUUUUUGAGGUGGGGCUCUAAAGCCUUACAGAACAUGACCAUCAUCCCUCCUGGCUCUGGCAUCGUUCAUCAGGUAAAUCUAGAGUACCUGGCUCGUGUUGUAUUUGACAAGAAUGGAGUGCUAUACCCGGACAGUGUUGUUGGAACCGAUUCUCACACUACAAUGAUAAAUGGACUUGGCAUUGUUGGCUGGGGUGUUGGUGGAAUAGAGGGAGAAGCCGUCAUGCUUGGCCAAGCCAUCAGCAUGGUCCUACCUAAAGUUGUUGGCUACAAGCUGGUUGGAGGUGUUCAUCAACUAGUCACUUCCACUGAUAUCGUGCUAACAAUCACAAAGGACCUGCGACAGAGAGGCGUUGUUGGCAAGUUUGUAGAAUUCUUUGGCCCCGGCGUUGCAGAGCUGUCCAUUGCUGACCGUGCGACCAUUGCUAACAUGUGCCCUGAAUAUGGUGCAACAGUUGGUUUCUUCCCUGUUGAUGACAAGAGCAUGUUGUACCUGAGACAAACUGGUCGUGACGAGAGCAAGAUUGCCAUGAUUGAGGCAUACCUCAAGGCUUCUAAACUCUUCAGGGAUUACAAUGACCCAAGCAGUGACCCUGUGUUUUCUGAGGUUGUAGAGCUAGACCUUUCGACUGUUGUACCAUCCCUGUCUGGUCCCAAGAGACCACACGAUCGUGUCUCUGUCUCUGGAAUGAAGGAGGAUUUCCAACAGUGUCUGAACAACAAGAUUGGUUUCAAAGGCUUUGCUAUUCCUCCUGAAAAACAAACUGAUGAGGCUCCUUUCACAUUUGAGGGUACUGAGUACAAGCUUAGACAUGGAUCUGUUGUAAUAUCAGCCAUCACUAGCUGUACCAAUACCAGUAACCCAUCUGUUAUGCUGGGAGCUGGACUCUUGGCCAAGAAGGCUGUCCAGGCAGGACUUAGUGUCUCACCAUACAUCAAGACCAGUCUGUCACCUGGGUCUGGUGUGGUCACAUACUACCUACAAGAGAGUGGGGUGUUGCCGUAUCUUGAGCAACUAGGGUUUUCUGUGGUAGGCUACGGGUGCAUGACUUGCAUAGGAAAUUCUGGCCCUCUAUCGGAGCCGGUGGGAGAAGCCAUAGAGAAGGGUGAUCUUGUUGCAUGUGGGAUCCUUUCUGGCAAUCGCAACUUUGAAGGGCGUAUCCACCCCCUUACCCGUGCAAACUACCUUGCGUCACCUCCUCUAUGUAUUGCCUAUGCCAUUGCAGGGACAGUCCUGAUUGACUUUGAAAAGGAUCCUCUAGGAAAAUCAAGUGAUGGUAAGGAUGUCUUCUUGAGAGAUAUAUGGCCCACCAGAGAUGAAAUCCAGGAGGUCGAGAGACAGUAUGUCAUCCCUUCGAUGUUCAAAGAAGUUUACUCCAAAAUCCAGACUGGCAAUGCCCAGUGGAAUAGCCUUGAUGCUCCUGACUCGCUCUUGUACCCAUGGGAUGAGAAGUCUACCUAUAUCAAGAGCCCCCCAUUCUUUGAGGCCAUGACACGAGAACUGCCUGAGAUCAAAGGCAUCCAGAAUGCUGCAGUACUACUCAACCUCGGUGACUCCGUGACAACCGACCACAUCUCACCAGCUGGAAGCAUCUCUCGCACCAGUCCUGCCGCACGCUACCUCUCCGACAGAGGUUUGACCCCACGCGAAUUCAACUCUUAUGGGUCUCGCCGCGGUAAUGAUGCGGUCAUGGCCCGUGGUACGUUCGCGAAUAUUCGCCUUGUCAACAAAUUUAUUGGGAAGGCUUCACCCAAGACGAAGCACUUCCCUUCUGGAGAUACGAUGGACAUCUUCGACGCCGCUGAGCGCUACCAGAAGGAAGGCCGUACCACCAUCAUUCUUGCCGGCAAGGACUACGGAUCAGGCUCGUCACGUGACUGGGCAGCCAAGGGUCCCUGGAUGCAGGGCGUCCGUGCAGUGGUAGCGCAGAGCUACGAGCGCAUUCAUCGCAGCAAUCUUGUAGGUAUGGGCAUCAUUCCUCUGCAAUUCCUGGAAGGCGAGUCCGCCGAGACGCUGGGCCUUACGGGCCAAGAAGCCUACAACAUUAACCUGCCACAGGAGCUGUCCACUGGACAAGUCAUUGAUGUCUCGUUGAGUGACGGUCGCUCGUUUAAGGCCAAGGUCAGGUUUGAUACGGACGUGGAGCUGACGUACUUCAAGCACGGAGGUAUCCUGAACUACAUGAUUCGACGCAUGCUUAAGUGAUAACACCGCUGGACGACUCACAAUGCUACAUGACCCUCAACGCUAGGUCAUAGUUCAAAAAAUAAUGCAUUAGCAGAUAGAUCUGCUCUGCGAAUCCAAACUUUCUCGGUGGAGGUAUACUUGUGGACUUGGAAGGAUCUCCCUUUGCGACCACAAACAGCCCAAAUAUGCAUCCAUUAAAUACAAAUGAGAUAUGUCGCAUAGAAAGUAAAGUAGCCUAGUAAUAGGGUUCUCGGUCAAUUUUCUCAUUUUGUAUCAUAGGAAUAUUAGGUCGUCUAUUUCAAUUCGCAAAACGAAAAAAAAUAUUGUAAUAAGUGAAGUGUUUGUGCUGAAUGAUGGGAAAUAAAUCAAGAUGAAUAAA